AUGGCACCGCAAACCAUCGCUGUCAUCGGAGGCCUAGAUGCCGACCUGAUCAUGAUUUCGAGUCGCAUUCCCGGCCCCGGAGAAAGUGUUCUGGCGAACGAGUACAUCGAAGCCCUGGGAGGCAAGGGGGCCAAUUUUGCGAUCGCGGCUUACAGAACAUGCCACAAGCGGCCGGUACAAGACGACGAAGCAGCGGUUGAAGGCCUGUCCUUGGCCUAUGACGGCAUUGAGGUCAAGAUGAUUGGCGCAGUCGGUGACGACCAGUACGGGGGCAAGUUCAUCGUUGAGCUCAACAAGAACGGGAUCGACACCUCGGGCAUCGUGACGGUGCCCGACACGCGCUCCAGCGUCUGCUUCGUCAUGGUUGAGCACCUGACACGCGAGAACAGGUGCCUGUUCUCGCUGGGGGCAACAGCCACAUGGAAGAAGGAGCACUUCCGCAACGCCGAGCAGCUCGGCGGUGGGGCUCAGAUGGAGAUUACCAAGGACGUGGUCGAGUCGAAAGCAGCCAUCGUGUCGGGCCGAGAGAGGGACGAGGUCAACGAAGACAGCUGGCCGACCAUCGCGCAGGAGUUUCUGCACCGCGGCGUGAAGAAUGUGGUCAUCACGCUAGGGGCCAGGGGUGCAUUCUACGCAAACGAGGACGGUAGUGCUCACUGCCCUGCGUAUGAGGUUGUCGUUAGGGAUACCACCGGAGCAGGGUAA